AUGGUUCGCUCUCCAAAACCACCUACCACCGCUGUGGGUUGGGCUUCACAAGCGGGCGCCUUCCUGGAAUGGGCGGGCGGAGCCAGUUUCCCGGGUGACGGCCGCGCGGAAGAGGCGGGGCUAGGGCCCCAGUCCCACCGCCUGGCUCCUGGGGACGCGGUCCCCGAGAGUCGGCCAAGCCGGGUAGAAGAGACAGCGCCAGAGAUCGGCGGCUCUGGACCGGGCAACUCUCGUCGUGGGGACGGGUGGCAGAACGGGGUGGGGCUUGGGAGAGGCCGGCCCGAGCGACAGGCUGGGGGCGUGGCCUGUGAGAUGAGGAAGGGGCGGGGCGUGAGUGGGCGUGCCUGGCCGUGGAUGACCCGCGGUCGCCCAGUAACCCAGUCCUCCUACUUAAUGUCCCACGGUCCCGGCGUGCGGCCGCGCGUCGUAGGGCGGCGGUGCGGUCGGGCCAUGCCUGGGGACUCCCCAUCGCUGUGGGAAUUGGUGGAAGAGCACGUUCCGCUCCCGGAACGGCCCGAAGUGAAGAGGAUUCUAGGGGAGACGACGGUGGACCUGAGCCUCGAGCUGCGGGCAGAGGUGGUGAUGCUACGAUCGCUGCUCCAAGAGGCUCGAUCCUCCCAAGCCCCUGGUUCGCACUCCACUUCUGACCCCUUCUCCCUUCUGGCACCACCGCCCCUCCUAAGAGACCUCGUGCGCCAGGAACUGCGGCAGCUGCUCCAAGGUCUCCGCCGGAAGGCCAUCUGUGAGGGCAGGGACCAGACCCAGGCUUGGGUCCAGUACAGCCCCAGGGUCCUGCGCUUUGCUUUGGAGGAGCCCCGAUGUGAUUUGCCAGGACAGGAGAUAUUCCAGAUGAGAGCUGAUGAACCCAGCUGUCACAGGGACCUCAGUGUCAUCAAGGACCAGCUAAAUGUGUCCCACAUAGACCAGGUUGCCGGACACCUGCGGGCCCUCCUGGAGGAAGAGUGUCAUACGUUGGAGAGGGAGAUUCCCAUCCUGCAGCGCUGCCUGGAAGAGGAGUAUACAGGGGUACCUCGGCCCUCUGAGGCAAUGCUAGAGCCCACCCUGGCAGAGCUAAAGGAACAGAAGGCAGCCAUGCAACAGGAGCUGUGGGCACCUCUGAGAUCUUCCUGUGUCUCCCCCAGUUACAGGCCACGACCUUUGGGGUCCUCCAGCCAGGGUCUCGGACCCCUGCCUUGCCUCCGUGGGGCUGCUGGAGUUUUGGCCAGGCCUCUCGGGUGCUGCCUGCCUGCUCCUCCUUUGGAGCGCUGCCCCAAUCCUCAAGGCCUGGCUGCUGCCUGCCGCUGGGGACGGAAGCUUCAGUGCAGCCCCAGAAAAAGGCCAGCUUCCACUCCGAUGUCCAGCACGGCACCCCAGGCCCCAGCCUGAAGGGCUGGUCAGGAAGGAGGCUUCAGCUUCUGCUGGAACUCACCCUGUCUGCUGCUGCCACCUCUCAGCUGCCAUGGCCCAGUCCACUUCAGAUCCAGUCUCGGAUGAGCCCUCACCAGGAUUCCAAGGC